UCGAGUCCAUGGGGCAGUUUGUUGAUGGGCUGAAGUUCAGUGGUGGAUCUCACAGCAUGAUGCCAAAGACAUACAUCAGAGAAAUAAGUGACCUGGCACAUAAGCACAAUGUAUAUGUUAGCAGUGGCGAUUGCAUUGAGAAUCUUCUUCGUAAAGGUCCUUCAAAUUUUAAUGAAUACAUUAAGGAAUGCAAGCAAUUGGGGUUUGAUACCAUUGAGAUUGACUUUACAUCCUUAGGUCUUCCGGAGGAAACUCUUUUGAGAUAUGUGCGGUUGAUUAAAAGUGGGGGGCUUCAAGUUAGGCCUCAGUUUUCUCUCAAGUUCAACAAGUCUGACAUGCCCUCGAGCGGCAAUAGGGCUUUUGGUGCUUAUGUUGUUCCAAGACCUCGAAGUUCAGACUAUAUUGAAGAUGUGGACCUCUUGGUUAGGAUGGCAGAGAGAUGCUUAGACGUUGGGGCAGACAUGAUAAUGAUAGAUGCAGAUGAACUAUGCAGGCACCCUGGCUCUGUCCGGGCAGACGUGAUUGCAAAAAUCAUUGGUCGUCUUGGUCUUGCAAAAACAAUGUUUGAAGCAUCAAGUCCUCAAAUCUCAGAGUGGUUUGUGAAACAGUACGGCCCCAAGGUGAACCUCUUUGUGGACCAUUCUCAAGUGAUGGAUUUGGAAUGCCUCAGGGGACGAAACCUUGGUAAAAAUCACACCUCCAUUUUGGGUUCAUCAUAUCCCCUCCUCUGAUCUAGCCUCAGGCAUGAGGAAUGUGCAUCUCUCUGGGUGGGGGCUAAUUUGUAAUGCUGUGUGCUUUGAUCUUCUAAAAAACUGUGUAACUUUGCAUGUUCUUGCUUCACUGUGUUCUGUGUAAUAAAGGUGUUUCAUUAUUGUGACUUUCUCUUGUAUAAACUGAUGGUGAUUUU